AUGUUGCCACGGGAGCUGCCGAGGGAUGGAGAAAUCAUCAAGGCCGUCGCCACUUGCCAUUCAUUAACCAGAAUUAACGGAGUGCUCCACGGCGAUCCCCUCGACCUGAUCCUCUUCAACCAAAGCCGAUGGACAAUUGAUGAGAAUUGCGGCUCGGAAAGAAGCGACGACGAGAUCUCGCGCUUCGACACGGUCCAGCCCACCGUCGUCAAACCCCCUCCAGAAGACGUCCCGAUUUUCCGGAGCUCCGAUUUUGCCGUCAUCAGGCAGUUCACGUUCAGCUCCUCCCUGCAGCGAAUGUCGGUGAUCGUCAACAGCCCCGUGGAGGAGACGGGCAGAAAAAUGACGCUGUAUUCCAAGGGCUCCCCGGAGAUGAUCUUGUCUCUAUGUGAUAAAACGACCGUGCCGGACGACUACCUGGAGACGGUCAACAAAUACGCACAACACGGAUAUCGAUUGAUUGCGGUAGCGAAGCGCGAUCUCGUGCUCAGUUUCGCAAAAGCCCAAAAAGUCCCUCGCCACUCCGUAGAGACGGGCCUCGAGCUUUUGGGGCUUAUCGUGAUGGAAAAUCGACUAAAGCCCCAGUCACUUCCGGUCAUCAACGAGCUGAACAGGGCCAAUAUUCGCGCGGUGAUGGUGACGGGGGACAACUUGUUGACGGCACUCAGUGUGGGCAGGGAAUGCGGCAUUAUUCGGCCCAAUCGCACGGCCUAUCUCGUGGAACACCAGGCCGGUCAGCUAGCCGCAGAUGGCCGAACCCAGCUGACGUUACGACAGAGCGUCUCCUCCUCGGAAGACAUCCUCGACGAGCAGCUCAAUUCGGAUCCCCUGAGCCCGGAAUUGCAGGGGAAUUAUCAGCUUUGCAUUGCCGGCCCAACAUUUGCCGUCGUCUGCCACGAAUAUCCGGAAUUAAUGGACAACCUGAUGACGGUUUGUGACGUGUUCGCCCGAAUGUCUCCCGAUCAGAAACAAUUUCUCGUCAACCACCUCCAAACACUCGAUUAUAUCGUGGCAAUGUGUGGGGAUGGAGCCAAUGAUUGUGCUGCUUUAAAGGCAGCCCACGCGGGGAUUUCGCUUUCCGAUGCUGAGGCUUCGAUUGCGGCUCCAUUUACAUCAAAGAUCCCCGACAUUCGCUGCGUGCCAAUCAUCAUCCGAGAGGGGCGGGCCGCCCUCGUCACCGCCUUUGCCAUUUUCAAAUACAUGGCCGGCUACUCGCUCACGCAGUUCGUCACCAUCCUCCAAUUAUACUGGAUCGGCACAAAUCUCACCGAUGGCCAAUUCCUGUUCAUCGACCUCUUCAUCAUCACCGUCAACGCGUUGUUCUUCGGAGCCGCGGAAGCUUACGACACCCUGUGCAGCAAGCCGCCGCCACGUCGCCUUUUAUCGCCAGCCUCGAUGGUGUCGGUGCUCGGGCAGCUUACAAUUAUGCUCACAACCCAGUUGUUCAUCUUCGUCUGGACGAGCCAGCAGACGUGGUUCAUCCCCUUCGUCCCGUCCCCACCAGAUGAGGAGGAGGUGAAGAGGAGUCAGCAGGGUACGGCCCUCUUUGGCGUCUCGGUGUUCCAAUACCUGACCCUGGUCGCCAUGUAUUCGAAAGGCUCGGCCCACCGGAAGUCCAUCUUCACCAAUCGAUAUUUGUGUCUGACGCUUUUCGUCACGACCGUGGCGUCCUUCUACGUGGUGCUGUUCCCGGCCGAUUGGGUGGCCGCCCUGCUCGACUACGUGAAGAUACCCGACAUGACGCGCAUUUUUGUCGUCCUCAUUGCGGCCUUCUCGUCGGUGUUGUCGUUCAUCUUCAACCAGCUCGUCGUCGAGCACCUUAUCGGAAAUAUGGGCGCCAGAUGGCUAAAGCAGCGUCGAUUGAGAGAUCCGAAUGCCGAGACCGAUAAAUGGGAGCGGAUUAUGUGCAGAAUCGGCCACGACGUCAGUUGGUUGCGGAAGAGCGUCCGGCAGAUUGGCGCCGAUCAGGCGUCGAUUAAAUCCGGGGCUACGGUAGACGAGACGACGCCCGUU